GCUGCUCAGCCCCCUGCCCCCGCCGCCUGCUGGGCCGGGCCGAGGAUGCAGCGCAGCGCCUCGGUGGCUAGGCUCGCUCCGCUCCAGCGUGCUUGCUAACUUCCCCAGCUCGGUUCCCUGCCUGCCGGGGCCGCCCUGUGUCCCCGCGCCCUCCGGUCUGGUCCUCUAAGCGCACUGGGCGCUGCCUCCGGGUCCCUUGCAGCCAGCUCGCGAGCCCUCGCUCCCUUUCCGUGCUCCAUCUUCGUCCUCACCAUGCUGCCCUUCGGCCUCGUGGCCGUCCUGCUGCUGGCCGCAGGGCCUUGGCCGAGCUUGGGCGACGAAGCCAUCCACUGCCCCCCCUGCUCCGAGGAGAAGCUGGCGCGCUGCCGCCCCCCUGUGGGUUGCGAGGAGCUGGUGCGGGAGCCCGGCUGCGGUUGUUGCGCCACUUGUGCCCUGGGUUUGGGGAUGCCCUGCGGGGUGUACACCCCACGCUGUGGCUCAGGCAUGCGCUGCUACCCGCCCCGGGGAGUAGAGAAGCCCCUGCGCACACUGAUGCAUGGGCAGGGACUGUGCACCGAGCUGUCCGAGAUCGAGGCCAUCCAGGAAAGCCUGCAGCCAUCUGACAAGGACGAGAGCGACCAUCCCAACAACAGCUUCAACCCGUGCAGUGCCCACGAUCACAGGUGCCUGCAGAAGCACAUGGCCAAAAUGCGAGAUCGGAGCAAGAUGAAGGUCGUUGGCACACCCCGGGAGGAACCCCGUCCUGUGCCCCAGGGUUCCUGCCAGAGCGAGCUGCAUCGGGCCCUGGAGCGGCUGGCCGCCUCGCAGAGCCGUACCCACGAAGACCUCUUCAUCAUCCCCAUUCCCAACUGUGACCGCAAUGGCAACUUCCACCCCAAACAGUGUCACCCCGCCCUGGAUGGACAGCGUGGCAAGUGCUGGUGUGUGGAUCGGAAGACAGGGGUGAAGCUUCCAGGGGGCUUGGAACCCAAGGGGGAGCUGGACUGCCACCAACUGGCUGACAGCUUCCAAGAGUGAGGGCUGCCCGCAGGUGCUCUGGGGGCUGUAGAGUUGACCUGACAUGGAGUUUUGAUCUGAGUCCCGGCUCUCUGCCUCUGGCCCUGCCCAAAGUCUCCCUUGGUGUGUGUGUCUGCGUGAGCGUGUGUGCAUGUGUGUGUGUGUGUGUGUUUAUGGGUGCAAGUGUGGCCCACGGGGUAAGCCUGAGCCUAGAGUACCCACUAUGGGCUUAGAUAGCCCAAGAGGUCCGAGUGUAGUGACAGGAAGCCCCAGUGCGUUUUCAAAUCAGUCUUGAAUUCAUUCAUUCAUUCAGCCAUCCGAAAACAUGUAUUGACAACAUACUACAUGCCAGCUUUAGUUUUCAGCCCUGGGAGGCCUCACUCUCAUUUUCUGAUUGUGGCAUGCGAGGUGUUCCUAUAAGGUAACCAGAGGCCUGUAGGAGAAGAGAAACCUCAUUCUUGGAGUUAGAGAGGAAGAAAGUUGUGACCACUCUCCCUGUCCUCGUCCUAGUCAGUGUGG